ACUCGUCAUCUGAUCUGAGCGGCAAGAAGAGCAAUUACACGCAGUCUGAAGAGUAGAGGCGACUAGCACAAGCACAUCUGGAUGGACAAACCGGAGAAAGAAAGAUGUGGCGCACAGCAUGUCAGGGCGCGGUGGUUCGAUGCUCUGUCUGACAGAUGGUCGGGAACAAGGCCGUCGUGACAGGGUCUGCCGAAAGGCGUUGCCUCAGCACGCGCUAAGCUGCCGGGCAGUCGGCGACGUCACCAUGGGGUAGUUUUGAGCGCUGCGUUAUCCUUUCAUAAGCAUUGCGUGCGCCUGGCUCCACUGCUGGCCUUGAACAUAUCGCACUCUCCUCUUUGCGAGCUCUGUACUCUACGAUUGUCCCCUCUGAAAACACGUUAUACCCAGCACAUACGACGAAAGUACAUAGAACAAGCUAUCACACAAGAUGAAGGUCCUCACGCCCGAGCAGGAACAGGCGCAUUACAAUGCCUCAGUUAAAGGCGGAACAAUUGCUGGUCUUGUCGGCACAGCAGUCGGCGCCGCCGCUGUAGUGGGCGCAAGCAGAAGAUACCCAUCCUUCAGGGCGCUGACCCUGCCCUUCCGGGCUUUCCUCGUCACAUCCGCAGGAACAUUCACUGCUGUCAUUGCCGCCGACCGCGCCUCGGCACAAUGGGAUAUCGAGAACAACCCCGAGAAGAAAGCCGAAAUCGAGCGCGAGCGCAGUCGUGCGGCCCUCCUGGAGCAGAACAAGACGGCCUUCGAGCGCGCCAAGGGUUGGGCAACUGAGAACCGGUACCCGCUGCUCUUCGGCUUCUGGGUCGCCUCCAUGGCUGGCUCCUGGACAAUGGUCAACCGCAACCCCUACCUGAGCGGCUCCCAGAAGCUCGUUCAGGCCCGUAUGUACGCCCAGGGAGGUACACUGGCAGCGCUACUUACGUCAUUCGCGAUCGAGGGCGCGGAUGCGGCAAAGGGCAAGGGACGCUGGGAGACGAUCAAGGUCCUGGAUCCGAAUGACCCGACACAUCAGCAUAUCAUUGAGAAGAAGAUCCACCAUGAGCGGUAUGCUGGCGAGGACCAGUGGAGAGAGAUGGUUGAGGCUGAAGAGGAGCGCAUUAAGGAGCGCAACGCGCAGAUCGAGGCCAAGCGCGAACACCCCGAAAACAAAGAGAAGCAGGGCAAGGCGCAAAAGGAGAAGAAGGAGGAGAAGGACAAGUCUGGCGACAAAGCUUAGACGUCUGCACAUUGAUUCUCCUCCGGUCCAGCACCUUCGCUGACCUUUAACAUUUGCUGUCUCAUCGCCGAUUCGAGCUUGUCUAGCUACCCCCGUCCGAGGCUUGACGAUAGCUCUAGCACUCCGUUACCAUUUCCUGGCGUUUGGCGGCUACAUACGAGUAUUCCACGCACCUACGACCUGUACGAGUAGUGUUCAGCCGAUUGAAUGCGAAGCGGCUAUGUUUUGUAGAAAAUAUUGCUCUACCAGAGCUCUAGUGCAAUUGACCUCAUCUUGACCUCCUAC